GUUUUGACAACCGAACCGCAAUCGGGGCAGCCAAAAAUAAAGUUCUAUUUUAGCACAAUUAUUAUGGGAUGAAUUCUCUCGAGAUCCUACUAGAACCAUCAUUACGUGUGGUAUAUAAUUGCAACCGAUAGCGUUACAAAAUUUAUUUUAUGAAGACGAGGUUAAGUGAAACAGUAACAUGGGUGUUCAACAAGAAGCAGAAAGUUAUAAAAACAGAGGUAAUGAAGCUUUCAAGUCUGAAAAGUAUGAAGAAGCCAUAUCUCUUUACAGCGAAGCUAUCAAACUCGCUGAGAAAGAUAGUCGUGACCUAGUUACGUACUUAAAGAACCGAGCUGCUGCAUUUCUGAAGACAAAUGAAUAUGAAAAGGUUAUAAAAGAUUGUGAUGAAGCUUUAAAAAUUAUUCCGGAAGACCCUAAAGCAUUAUUCCGUCGAUCACAAGCAUUAGAAAGCUUGGGAAGAUUCGAAGAAGCAUACAGAGAUGCUAAGACAAUUUUUACUGUUGAUCCUUCAAAUAAAGCUGUGCAACCAGUGCUGGCCAGAUUACAUGCAACUGUCCAAGAACGAGUUCGACAAAAUGCUCAGACAAGCAAUAAAGUAGAACAAAUGUUCAAAUUGGCCUUUGACAUAAGUGAUGAUACUGAGAAACGUGAAAAAGCCAUGGGAAACCUAUUGGUGCUUUCCAAAGAAACUGCGGGUGCUGAUAUUAUGCUGAAAAAUGGUGUUGUUCAUAAAAUCCAACAGUUACUGAAAAUUGAAAAGAAUUCAGAGAUUUUUGUAAAUGCCAUUCGAGUUAUCAGCCAGUUAUGCAAGAGGAGCAUUGAGAGGACAAGGAAUAUAAUUAAAAUAGUAGGAAUUCCGUGGUUUCUGGAAAUCAUUGAUAGUGACAACGAGGAAAGAGUGAAUACGGCUCAGUAUUGCUUGCAAGUUAUUUUAAAUACAUUUUCAGGAAUGGAUAACAAGAAAGAUUCCAAACCUGAUCCUAUGUUGUGUGAAGAAAAUAAAAGUGAAAUAGAUGUACUUCUGACAUGUCUAACUUACUCCAUAACUAAUGCAGUCAUCACUGGACUGGCUAGGGAUGCCAUCAUGGAAUUGGUCAUGAGGAACUGUCACUACAGUGCAAUUAAUUGGGCUGAAAGGUUUGUUGAAAUCAAAGGACUACAGCGUUUAUUAGCUGUAUGCAGUGAGUUAGAGGAAUUUAAAUAUGAGUCUGCUAUGAAUAUUACUCCAUCAUCAAGGACUAUUGCAGCUGCCUGCCUUGCAAGGAUUUAUGAGAAUAUGUAUUAUGACCAAGCAAGAGAAAAGUUCAACAGCCAAGUAGAUGAAUAUGUUAAAGAUAAACUAAUGUCACCUGACCUUGAAUCAAAAGUGAGAGUGACUGUAGCAAUCACAUCUUUGCUGCGAGGUCCAUUGGAUGUAGGUAAUUAUGUUAUCUCUAAAGAUGGUAUUCUAGAAAUGAUCUUGGUUAUGGCUCAAACAGAUGAUUCCCUACAACAAAAAGUAGCUUGUGAGUGUUUAGUUGCUGCUGCUUCUAAAAAAGACAAGGCAAGGUCUAUUAUCAAUAAAGGUGUUGAUAUACUUAAAAAAUUGUACAACUGCAAGAAUGAUGCCGUCAGAGUAAGAGCAUUAGUAGGUCUCUGCAAGAUAGGAAGUUUUGGUGGAGACGAUGCGUCCGUUAGACCUUUUGCUGAUGGAUCAACCAAAAAGUUAGCUGAUGCAUGUAGGAAGUUUUUGGUAAAUCCAUCGAAAGAAAAUGAUAUAAGAAAAUGGGCUGCUGAAGGGCUUUCUUACCUGACUUUAGAUGCUGAUGUAAAAGAAAAACUGGUUGAAGACCAAGCCGCUAUUCAAUCGCUUAUUGAAUUAGCAAGAACAGGUGACCAAUCAUGUCUUUAUGGAGUUGUUACAACAUUAGUUAAUUUGUGUAAUGCUUAUGAAAAACAGGAGGUGCUGCCAGAAAUGUUGGAACUGGCCAAGUUUGCUAAACAUCAUGUACCUGAGCAACAUGAGUUGGAUGAUCCAGAUUUCAUCAAUAAAAGAAUUACUGUAUUAGCUAAAGCUGGAGUUACAUCUGGUCUAGUAGCUUUAUCUAAAACAGAAAGUCAUAACUCCAGGGAAUUAAUUGCAAGAGUUUUUAAUGCAAUUUGUAAUUUGCCUGAAUUGAGAGGUAUUGUAGUACAACAAGGUGGAGCUAAGGUGCUUUUACCAAUGUCACUAGAAGGCACAAAAAAUGGCAAACAGCAAGCUGCUCAAGCCUUAGCUAGAAUUGCUAUCACCAUCAAUCCUGAAGUGGCAUUUCCUGGCCAAAGGAAUUUAGAAGUAGUCAGACCCCUUUUGGCUUUGUUACACCCAGAAUGUUCUGCAUUGGAAAACUUUGAGGCUCUUAUGGCACUGUGUAAUCUAGCAGGUAUGAAUGAAACUACAAGGAACAGAAUUUUGAAAGAAGGCGGUUUGGCAAAAAUUGAAUAUUAUUUGUUUGAAGAUCAUAUGAUGUUGCAGCGAGCAGCUACACAAUGUGUUUGCAACAUGUUGCAAUCUGAAGAAGUAAUUAAAACAUAUGAAGGGAACAAUGAUAAAACUAAGUUUUUGUAUCUGUCUUGUCAGGAGGAAGAUGUAGACACAGUAAAAGCAGCGGCUGGUGCAUUAUGCAUAUUGACUUCAGUUAGUAAAGUCUGUUGCCGAAAGUUGUUAGAUGUAGGCCCAUGGGUAGAGACUUUAAGGUGCUUAUUGGCAAAUCCAGAUAAGGAAAUUCAGUAUAGGGGUGCAUACAUGUUAUAUAACAUAAUUAAAGAUGAUAAAGAUAUUACAGCAAAAAUAAUUGAAACUGAUGUGAUGGAAAUUUUGAUGGCCCUAGUAAAACUUGAAGAUCCUGAACAAUUAAAAACCAAAGAACUCGCUCAGAAAUGUCUGAAUGCAGCAGAAGAUUUUGGAGUUAUUAGGAAAUCUGGUGAGGCACCAACCUUGGAUCCAUUCAAGGAAGCAGAAGUUGAAGAAUUAGAUGGAGAUGAUUGAUUAAUGAUAAAUGUUAAGUUUAGUUUAGUUUAAGAUUUUAUUUUAUAAAUUUUUGCUGAGAGUAUUAUCAAUAAAUUAUUAUGAAC